AUGUUAAAUUCUUCAUUUAAUUUUUUUGAAGAGAAUGAUAUAGGCAAAUUGAGAAAAUAUGUAUCUUUAUAAUAUAUAAUAACAAGUUUAUCACAAAAGAAAAUGAAUGGAAAAAAGAUAAGGCAGUUUUAGAGUAAAAAACAUAAUUACUUGAACUCUAAUUGGAAGACUAUAAAUUGAGGGAAACAAACCAGAGAAAACUAAAUGAUACUAUUAGUUAAGCCAUUAAUGAUUCAACAGCCAAUUAGAAAGUAUUUGGUUGUUUUUACAGUUUAGAAAUCAAUUGCUGAAUUAUAAAAGAAUAUUGAUAUUUAACAGAAAGACCAUAAUAAAACAAAGUUUAAGGAGUAAAUCAAAUAGUUAGAACUUUAAGUAAUGCUCCUGUUAAAUUUAAGGUUAGAUCAUUAUAAGAAUAACUAUUAGAAAAGGAAUCCUAAAUAAAAGAGUUCGAAUUAUAAUACUAAAAGCAAUACUUACUUUAUGAUCAUAGAAUUUCUUAGCUUGAACAAGAAAAACUAAUUAAUAGUCAAGAAAACUAAAGAUUAAAAGAAAAUUUAACCAAAUAAGAAGAUAUUUAUAAAUAUAAAGAAUAAUAAUAAAAAUAGUUAUUUGAACAAGAACUAUAAAAAAUAAAAGAUUUAAACAUUCAAGAUUAAAAGUCUAAGUAAUAGGAAUAUGAAUCCAAAAUUGUAUAAUUAUCUACCUUACAUGAAAAGGAAAAGGAGCAAUUCUAAUUAAGAAUUAGUAAAUGCUAGAAUACAAUUACAAAAUAUCAGUAACAUAUUGAAUAAAAUAUCGAUAUCAUAAAUUUGAAAAAAUAAUAUGAAGAUUAAAUUAAAUUAUUAAACAAUACCAAUAAUGAAAUUUAAGCUUAAUUUUCAUAUGAAAAAUAGACUUUAUUAAAAUAAAUUGAAGAAUUAAAAAAAUUAAAUAGAGAUGUAAAUUUAAAAGAGAGUAUGAAUUAUCAUGAGAGUACAUCUAAAAAGAGAAGCAUUGAUGCUAUUAAAAUAAAGAGUUCUCUUUAAUCAUAUGAUAGUCCUGUUUAAUGUAAAAGUUUUCAUAUUGCAUGUCCUGAAAGUAAAGCUUAAAUUUUCAAUAAUUACUUAAAAAAUUCAUAAACUUAAUCUAUUAUUUUAGCUUAAAAAUAAUAAAUUUAAUAACAAUUUUAAUAAAAUAAUCAAUCACUUGAUAAAUCAUAAAAUAUAAAUGAUGGAAUGCCUAUUUGUAUAGAUUAAUAUAAUUUAAUGAAAGAUAAAAAAUAAAAAUCAUAAUCAACUUUAUCAAUUCCUACAAGUAAUAAUUAUAAUCUUAAUUCCUAUUUAUAAGAAUAAAGCAUAUUUUAAUAAAAUUAGGAAUCAUUUCAAUUAGAUUCUAAAAGUAAUCUGAAGGAUGAAACAUAUAAACCUAAAAUCAUAAAAUAAUUGAAUCCUAAUAUCUCAAAUAGACAAAUUUAAUAUGAUUACAAUAGAUCAAUAAAACAUGAAUUAUAAAAACAUAAAGAAUUAAAUAAUUAAAGAUCUAUGUCUUAAGAAGGAGUUAAGUAGUAAAAAUCAAAUCUAAGUAAAAUAUUAGGUUAAACUGAAAUAAGUUAUUAAUAAAGUACUUCUACUUAAUAGAUAACAAAUAAUACAUCACUAAAUAGUUUUAAAGUCCCUGCUUUUACUCAGAAUUAAUUAUAAGUAUUAAAAAACAGUUCAUAAUACUUAUAUCCUUGUACAACAUUAAGGAUGAAAGAAAGCCACAUAAAAAAGUUUAGAAAUAAUAACAACCAUAGUACUCAUGAAGAGACCAAAUAAAAUAAAGAGAACUAUUAGCCAAUUAAAAAUAAUUCAAAAAGUGACAUCAAAGUUAUAAUAGGAAGAUUAUUGUAAAAUAAAGGAAAAUAAAGUGAAAAUCUUGAAAAUACAGGAUAUAUCUUUAAAAAUAAUAGGAUUUGA